AAUCUAUAGUGACACAACGACAACUGGUGAACAUGCUUAUCCUUCAACCAAGUCUCCUUUUGAUUGUGAACAUGACCCCAAUUAUGACCCAAAAGAUAAUGAGGAAUGUGGAAAUGCCGAUGACAAUGUAGAUGAUAAUUUAACUGUUACCAAUUGUAAUAGAAGUCGCUCUAUCGAUCACUCAUAA